AUGAGCGGCUACGAGCACUCAGACCCCUUCGACGAGGGCAUGCUCGCCGUCAGUUCCAUCCAUCGACUUCACUAUGAACAGUAUGGAAGACCGGACGGAAAACCAGUCGUGUAUCUCCACGGUGGUCCAGGAGGACACAGCCAAAAGAGCAAUACAUCCUACUUCAACCCAUCCAUCUACCGCGUCAUCCUCUUCGACCAACGCGGCACGGGCAAAUCCCAACCAGCCCCCGAAAUCCGGGAAAAUACGACCCCAAACCUCGUCACCGAUAUCGAGGCUCUUAGGGUACACCUCCAAAUCCCAAAAUGGCACCUCGUCUACGGCGGUUCCUGGGGAUCGACCCUGGCUCUACUCUACGCACAAGCAUAUCCGGACGUCGUAGGCUCCCUCGUGGUCUGGGGGAUAUUCACAACCAGUAAAUCCGAAAUAGACUGGUUCCGCGGUCCCAUCGGUGCAACGACUAUCUUCCCGGAGGCAUUUGAAGCUUUCGUUCACCACCUCCCGCCCGAGGAACAGGGUGAUCUCACGGGGAAUUACUACAAGAGGUUAACGUGCGACGACCACGCCAUACGUGUUGCGGCUGCGAGAGAGUGGAAUAGAUGGGACUUGAGUAUUGGUUCGUUGAAGACCGACGAGACGACAUUCAAGCAGUUGGAUGAUGAGGGCUGGUCGGUUCCGCAUGCGGUUCUGGAAGCGCAUUACUCGGUGAAUGAUUUCUGGUUGGAGGAUGGUCAGAUCAUGAAGGAGGGCAAUUUGGCGAAGAUACGUCAUCUUCCGGUGACUAUCAUUCAGGGACGGUAUGAUAUGGUCUGCCCUCCGCAGAAAGCAUGGGAAUUGCAUAAAGCGCUGCCCAAUUCGAAGCUGAUCUGGAUCCCCGAUGCCGGCCAUACGCCCAAGGAACCCGGUACCCGAAUCAAGUUGCUCGAGGCGUGUGACGAAUAUGCAAAUCAAGACUUUGGGGCGUAA